UUUUCUAAUAUAUACAUGUCUGCUUAAGAAGUAAUCUUCACAAUCUCGAAAGUCUCUCAAGCAAAACAAAAAAUAAAAAUAAUAAAAAUAAAUCCUAAUUCUGUAACGUCAACAUGUCAUAUGGUUCGUGGUUUUUAGACGAGACUCCAUUACCAAAACUAGGCUUUCUCGGCCAAGGCACCUACGGCUAUGUCACCCUGGUUCGAAACGGCGAUGGACUACUCAUGGCUAAGAAAACAUGUCUCCUCAAAUACUCAGAGGAUCUCGAGAAAGAAGUAAGGAUCAUGGAGCACUUCUUUUCAUUCGAUUUCAACACCGUGAGAGCGACGAGCCCCGCUGUUUCCCAAGAAACUAUGCCGGUGAAUGUCAAAGUCUGUUCCAUUCACAUGGAAGUCGCACCACAUGGUUCACUCAAAGACAUGUUAACCAAAGCCGGUGGGACAUUACCGGAGAACGUCAUCGGUUAUUGCAUUUUCCAGGUUCUUGAAGGGCUCAGGGAUCUUCACCAACACGGUUAUGUCCAUUGUGAUCUCAAGCCAGAGAACAUACUCAUCUUCCCGAGUUAUGCUCGUGACGAGCUUUGCAAUCUCAAACUUGGUGACUUCGGUUUGGCUAAGGAGCCCAAUGGACCUGAUCCAGUGAACGGGUCUUUGUUCGAGGACAAUCCGGAGUAUUUGGCUCCUGAGGCGGUCGGGCCACGUGGAGUGAUCUCGUCGGCGGUUGAUAUCUGGUCCUUAGGUACCAUGGUAAUGGAGAUGAUGGGGGUUACUAUAAGAGGAAGGAGUGAUUACGUGCCGGGGACUCUAUCGCCGAUGACUUGGGAUUUUGUGAGGAGAUGUAGAGAGCGGAAUCCGGAGGCUAGAGCCACCGCGGAGGAGCUCAUGAGUCAUUCUUUUGUUAACCAAAGUCUUGAGGUUCCACCGCUUGAGCUGCUUCCAGUUCCUUCUUGCUUAAGUAAUGGAGUGGUUCAAGGAAGGUUUUUCUAG